CGAAACUCUAGCACCCAGCGUUCAUGUGCCACCGAUUUCUCCUGAUCCCUUGCGCUGCUAUUGGUGCCUCUUUAUUUGUCUGACUUCGUGUGCUGCCAGCAUUCUUCUGAGCCCUUCUAUCUAUUUGAUCUUCAGUGGAUCUAGAAGAAUCAUAGGUUGGCUCCCAUAUGUUGUCGUUCUGUGGUCUAUCUUAUGUUGUUGGUCUCUUCUCAAGCCCUCCUUCAGGUUCUCCCUUCUAGGUUCUUUGUGUGCCGCCGUUCUCCCCUUCAAAUCUUUCGGUGGAGCUGCCCGAAGGUCAUCUGCAGCCCAAGCACUUUGCCUUCUCCUUGCGUCGUUGACCUCCUCCUAGCCCUUCCAGGUUCUUCAUGUGCCACAAUAUUGGAGCUAGAGAAUGAUGGCAUGCAGAAGCCGGAGGCCAUCCUGGCACAAGAAGUUCAGCACUAGGGAGAAAGGGAGAAACUGAUUCCGCUUGAGAUAAAGGGAGAGGAUAAAUGGAAAGGAACCAGUUUUGAACUUCAUUUCUCUCUCCUUUGGGCUUGGAGGGACAACUCCUGUACAAGGAAGUUAGAGAUCGGCAGCACAAAAGAGCUAGAGACUGGCAGCCCAUACGAAACUUUAGGGUUUCUUUCAGGAAGAGGAUUGAGCAUAUUAAAACUUCGUUUCUCCCUCUUUUUUGCCUCAUAGGUCGGCUUACAUGGAUCCUCUGUAGAUAUUUAGAUUAUGUGGCACUUUUUCAUAGGACCGAUCUACUGCUGACGUGGUAGACCUGAUCUAACUAACUAAUAAUUUCUCCCGUUGAUCCAAAACUCCACGGAACUCUCUUAUCUUUUUCUGUCCCUCGUCUCAUCUUAGCUCAACGAGUAGCUAUAGCCGUGUUCAUUCCGUGUCUGGCCACCCCUCCCAAAUCCCUCCAGCUGUCCCCACUGACGCACCAUCUCACGUCACUCCAUCCCCGAGUCUUCGUCCCUCGCCAACCCCUUUUUAUUGCCAUCCCCAUCCCACCUGUAAAAGACUUCAGACUUCUCACCACCCCUCACCCCCCUCCCCUCCUCAUCACUCCUCUCUCCCUCCCUAUUCUUCUCACACAAUUAUCAUAGAUUAAUGGACAAUGGUGGUGGACGAGCGCUGGGUUUGGGCACCUCGGAAUCGAUCGGGUUCCUGGCAAGCGGGUCGUUCCUUAGUCCCAACCACGGCGCUGGGCUCAAGCGCAGGCAGUCCAUGGAUUCAGGCGACCACUUCCCGCCAUCCAUUGAAUUCCCGGUCACCCUCAACUACCGCCGCGGGGAUACCGCAGAGGAGCCGCCUGGCGAGAAGCGGGUGGAUGAGAUGGAUUUCUUCUCUGAUGAGAAGAAGAAGAAGAGGGGCCGGGAUCUCGACUUCAAGGUGCCGAGUCUGAGCAUCAAGAAGGAAGACCUCACCAUCGAUAUGCGAUUUCCGUACACUGGUUUGAACCUUCUUACUGCUAAUACGGGCAGCGAUCAGUCGAUGGUCGAUGAUGGGCUGUCGCCUCCUGAGGAUAAUAAAGAAGGCAAGAGCAAGUUGUCGUCGAUGCAAGCCGAGCUGGUUCGGAUGAAAGAAGAGAAUCAGCGGCUGAAGGGGGUGCUGAACCAGGUGACCACCAACUACAACGCCCUCCAGAUGCACCUCGUUGCACUAAUGCAAGAGCGCACGCAAAAGAAUGGAAGCUCACAAGACCAUGAGGCUUCGGACGAGAAGACUGAUGGGAAGAUCGUGCCGAGGCAGUUCUUGGACCUUGGUCCGGCCGCAAACACUGAUGAGCCCUCUCGCUCCUCGAUUGAAGGUGGAGGCUGGGACCGGUCCUCUUCGCCCACGAACAAUGUCGAAGCAGGAUCAAUGGAGUACCGCCUAAACAAGUAUAAUACGAACAAAGAGAUAGUUUCGUUUGACCAUGAAAGAACUAACAGGGAGGACAGUCCUGACCCAUCGUCCGAAGGUUGGAACCCUAACAAAGCAUCCAAAUUGGCCUCCCCCAAGAGUGCAGAACAGAGCCAAGAGGCCACCAUGAGAAAAGCCCGUGUAUCGGUCCGAGCACGAUCCGAAGCACCUAUGAUCACUGAUGGAUGUCAAUGGAGAAAGUAUGGACAGAAGAUGGCCAAAGGGAAUCCGUGUCCCCGGGCAUACUACCGGUGCACCAUGGCGACCGGCUGCCCAGUCCGCAAGCAGGUCCAAAGGUGUGCGGAGGAUCGCUCCAUCUUGAUUACUACCUAUGAGGGGAAUCACAACCAUCCACUCCCACCAGCUGCCAUGGCGAUGGCAUCGACCACUUCAGCCGCAGCUUCGAUGCUUCUCUCUGGAUCCAUGUCGAGCACCGAGGGAUUGAUAAACUCUAACUUCCUAUCAAGAACAGUACUUCCUUGCUCAUCAAGCAUGGCUACGAUAUCAGCAUCCGCUCCAUUCCCGACGGUCACGUUGGAUCUGACCCACACUCCAAAUCCUCUCCAAUUCCAAAGGCUACCAGCUCAGUUCCAAGUCCCCUUCCCAAGCGGUACUCCUGCCUUCGGCGCACCACCUCAGCCCCCCUCUCUGCCGCAGGUCUUCGGGCAGGCACUGAACAACCAAUCGACAUUUUCCGGCCUUCAGAUGUCGCCCAACAUGGACGGAGCCCAAUUCCCUCGCCCUAAGCCACCGUCAGCCGCCUCACUGCCCGAUACGGUGAGCGCGGCGACCGCAGCGAUAACAGCAGACCCCAGCUUCAAGGCAGCCCUCGUGGCUGCCAUCACAUCCAUCAUCGGAGGUGGUCAUCAGCCAAACAGCAACAACAAUAGUAGCAGUGCCAAUGCCACCAGUAGCAACGGCAACGGCAAGCCGGCCAAUUCGAAUUUUCUGGCCGCCUAAGAAUCUCAGAUGCCCUUGUCAAUUCCAUGCUUCCUCUUCUUUUCUUUCUUUUUUCUUAAACAUUAUGUUUUCGUUUUGAUGAGAAAAAUGGGACCAUAUCUACAUGCUACUUUUGUUUUCCAGCCUCUUGUUAAUAUUUGGACGGUGGACUGCAUUCUUUUCUUUCUAUUUAUUGUUGGCCGUUUACAAUAGACAAUUAUAAAUAAAGACGAAAGGGAGAUGUCUAAA